AUGAAGAGGACAAAACAAAAUAGGUCUUCUAAUCAGCGUAAAAAUAAAGUUGCUAAGAGCGCACAAAACCACGAGCGAAAUCAGACAGCCGAGUCUGACACUGAAGAGAGCUCCCAGUUGCCACGAAAGAAAGUCAGAUGGGAGGGUAAUUCUGAAUCAGUGGCAGCGGUAGCAAAUACGAAGAACAGUAUUUUGGAGGACGAUGCGAACACAUCAAAGGUGAAAUUUCUCAAAGAAGGACGCGUUGCAGGCGCAUACUAUGAUUCUGUCAGGUGUAUAAUCUAUGUGCUUGAAGAUACUCAAGAGGAUGUUCACUUCGAUCUUACGAACAUGCUUCUAGAACAAUGCAACGCUGACAUAGUGUUGACCAGCUCCAAAGCCGACGACCCGUUUAUAUCGGUCCUUCAGAAAUUUGCUGAGGCUUCUGGAGGUGUCUUUCAAAUCAGGCCACAUAAAGAGUUCACUCCACACAGAGGGAGAGACCGCUUGUUGUCGCUCCCUUUUCUCUCCGAGUUGACAACCGAAGAUACUGGUCAAUGUUUGUCAUCCGACAGCAGUUCAGGCGCUGAGCCAAGAAACGCAUAUGAAUUCAUGCAGAAACGCAAACAGCCGGCAGGCGACCCAACCAUGAAAAGAUGGAACGCGGCGAUUAGGUUGGCCAACUAUGCAUCCGUGGAAUCUUCUCCUCUUUGUAUCUCAUGCCUUGGCGCUCUGCUCGACUACCUUGCGAGGGAGCGAGCAGCAGGUGAACUGGAUGAUGAUGCAGGCGUCGAGGGGCUCCAUAUCUCCGGCAUCGAAGUGUUGACGAUAGAUCAGGUCAUGCAUAUCAAUGCUGACGCACUUUUUUCCCUCCAGAUAUUCGAAAACGAGAGCCACGCAUCCAUCCACUCUGAUAAGACAAAAGAAGGUUUGUCGCUUUUUGGUAUCCUUGACAAUACUCGGACACCCUUGGGUCGUUCCUUACUCCGCACCUGGCUCGUGCGCCCCUCUCUAUCCAUUCCUGUAAUCGCUGCCCGUCAUGACGCUAUUGACUGCUUUCUACAUCCGGAGAACUUAGCACCUGCGAGUGCUUUGCAAACUCACUUGAAAGGUAUCAAGAAUAUUCCGAGGAUCCUCGGACUCCUGCGAUCUGGGAAAGCUGGCGUCAGUGACUGGCAAGGCCUGGUGAAGUUUACAUAUCACUCUGCAAUGCUACGCGACGCCCUGGCGGAACUUCACGGAGGUGAUCGAGUAGAGGUAGUACGAAAGCUGGUUGCAACGUUGGACAUUGCGAGCUUCAAGGACACCGGAAAUGCUGUCAACGAGACAAUUGACUGGGAGGAAUCUACCAAUAACAAUCGCAUAUGUGUUAGGCCGUACAUCGACAAGGAACUAGAUCAGAGGAAACACGUUUACGCCGGAUUGGACGCUGUCUUGUGUAAAGUCGCUGAGCAAAUAUGCCAAAAGAUUCCUGUAGAUUAUACGGCGUCCUUGAACGUGGUAUAUUUCCCACAGCUAGGUUUUUUGAUCUGCGUUCCGAUGCAGGAGGAAUGGACGACUGAGGAGGGCAUCAAGGUUCUAGAUGGAUGGAGCUUCCAGGCGAACAUGGAUAUGCACAUCGGCGAUCUCCACCCAUUAAUAGUCGACCGUGAAAUAGAGAUCGUCCAAGAGCUCUUGGAACGGAUCCUUGUAUUCAGCGAAGGGAUGAGACAAGCAUGUGACGUUUGUGCCGAACUGGACUGCCUGCUAGCCUUUGCAGAGGCUUCUCGGGCGUACAAUUACUGUCGGCCUCAGAUGUCAGAGGAUCCUGUUAUCGACAUCGAUCAAGGACGACAUCCCUUACAAGAGCAGGUAGUCGACAUUUUUGUUCCCAAUGAUGCUCAGCUUGUAGCUGGUAUCGGCUUCAGUGACAGCGCCGAACCACAGACAGAAGUUGACAAUCUGCCUAUGUGUAGCAGCAUUAUUUUGUGCACUGGCGCGAAUGCAUGCGGAAAAAGCGUCUACCUAAAACAGGUUGCUCUGAUUCAAUAUAUGGCCCAGGCUCAAUCUGCUUUUAUGAUUGAUCUCAAUCAGGUUUCCCUAGCCCUCCGGAAUUGUACCGCAAACUCUCUCAUUCUCCUUGACGAAUUCGGAAAGGGGACGAUCCCUACAGGCUCGUUCGCUUCACGGUACAAACAUAAUUAUGGGGCUGGGUUGUUUUGCGGUGUCAUCAAACAUCUUCUCAACAGAGGAUCUCAGUGUCCUAAGGUUUUAGCUGCCACACAUUUCCAUGAAGUCUUUCAGAAGGACAUGCUCGAUCCCCACAAGUUUCCGAUCAUGUUUUUUCACAUGCAAGUGCUCUUCACUUCAAGCAAAGGCAACAACCUCAAUCCCGGUGACGUGUCGAUAUCUGAAGACCUAGACUUAACGGAUCACGAACGUUUGGAACCUACAUUCGUCGCUGCCCCUGGAGAGAAAAUAACCUAUCUUUAUCGUGUGUCCCCGGGUCUUUCCCUCAAUUCUCAUGCAGCUCAAUGUGCUACGAUGUUUGGUUUGCCGUCCCGUAUUGCGCAGCGUGCGCAGUACGUCAGCAAAUUGUUGGGCGACCAUGAACUAGGGCAGCUUUUGGAAGAGAAGAUGACCGCAGAGGAACAAGAAAAUAUCAAGGCCGCCGGAAUCACCACCUACAAAUUUCUGGCUAUGGAUCUUACGAACGAUUUUCAUGAACAAGACAUCAAAUCAAGACUUGUAAAGGCGCUUGGUCGGGCUCCUCAUGAAUGA